AUGGUUUCUUUGUUUGGUGGAGGUGGGGGACUACCGGAGUUGGGAUUGGGGUUUGGGGGACCACCGGAAGUGGCAUGGAGGUUAAGAGGACUGCCGAAGUUGGUAUGGAUGCGAUGGACUUCUAGUGAUAGGUCACCAAGUAAAAAAGAAGAACUCUCAGUGUUGGGUAUCGGGGUGAUCGUCGGUGUUGGAUAUAUCGGCGGGGGUGACUGUCGGUGUUGGAUGUGUCCGUUGGCGUUGGGUAUGGGGUUGUGGUGUCCAUCAGCGUCGGGUAUAGGACUGUGGGGGUCUAUCAGCGCUGGGCAUUAG